AUGUCCAUCCCCAACGAGGCUCUGCAGAAACUUCUGCAAGAAAUCGAGACCCGCGCCCUUGCCUCGCAGCAACAGAUCGGCAUCACCAAGGCCCAGAUGACCACCAAACAACGUGAUAUCCGCAUGCUGCAGCUAACCUCGAAGGAGCUGUCGGACUUACCCUCUGAGACGAGGGUUUAUGAAGGCGUCGGCAAGAUGUUCGUCAAUGUCCCGAUCGACACCGUCAACAAGCGCCUCACCCGUGAAAGCGACGAGGCCACCUCCGAAAUCGCCAACCUCGAGAAGAAGCUGCACUACCAUGAGACUACCCACAAGAACAGCCGGGAGAACCUGGAGCAGAUCCUGAAGUCUGGGGGCAGGGCGUGA